GGUGGAGCAGCCUCCUAGCACGGGUCAGAAGCUAGGUGGCAGAAUUUCCAGGAUCUUCACUCAUCCCACAGUUAACAACCACCGAACUUCGCGCUCUCCGGACAAAACACCAAACACAAACAUCAUCCGAAUACACAUUCCUCCCACAAUUCCCGAAUCUCACGUCUGAGUAAACAAAUCGCCGAUUGGUCUCCUACUUCGUCGUCGGCGAAAAAAAAGAGUUCUUUCUUCCACCAUCGUCACUCACACCUGCAAAACGAAUCCGCGGCACAUCAGGAUUUCCCGGUGCAUUCAAAUAAUUUGCCUCUUCGGAGACAAACAGGUCCUUUUUUUUUUGGGCAGAUCCAUUAACCUUUCCUCAAUUUGCCUAAAUUGUUGAACUGAUGUCUAUUUUGCAGAAUAGAAAAAGAUGUCUGGGGUUUCUCUGGCCGUGGGGGCAAGACCAGAUCAACCUGCCGCCACGGCAAGCGAGGCAACUUCAUCCACAAAAUCCGGUCCGAAACAACCACCACCGUCUCAGCUACAACAACAAACGAUGAUGGGAGGGUUGAUGGGAUCCCUCCGAGUGAUCGAGCUCCAAUUGGUAGCCUUCAUCAUGGUCUUCUCCCUCAGUGGCCUUGUCCCCGUCCUGGACCUAGUCUUCCCGCUCUUCAUCUCCGCCUACCUCAUCGUCCUCUCCCGCCUCGCCUUCCCUUCAUGUCACGGUCGAGGAGGAGCCACCCCCGAGAUCUUUCAGGGGAGCCGGCUGUUUCGCCUCUACGUCAUCCUGGGGACCGCGGUCGGGCUGUUCCUUCCCCUGGCUUACGUUCUCGGUGGGUUCGCCAGGGGAGACAACAGCGCGGUCCGGUCCGCCACCCCGCACCUGUUCCUGCUCUCUUGCCAGAUUCUCACCGAGAAUCUGGUGAGCGGGCUAUCCCUCUUCUCGCCGCCCAUCAGGGCCCUGGUGCCCCUGAUGUACACGGUGAGGAGGGUGUUUGUGAUCCUGGACUGGACGCAGGAUAUCUGGUUCCAGAAGACUCUGGCGCCUGACGCCGACAUCGCGGAGGUGGGUUGGUAUUGGUUUGGGAAGGGCUUAGCAGCAGCCAAUCUGUCAUACUUCUCAAUCAACCUGCUCUGCUUUCUAAUCCCGAGGUUUCUACCUCGAGCAUUCGAGAAGUACUUCAAUGACAGGGACAAUGGCGAAGAGAUGCACUCCAAGAUGGCCGAGGAUAAGCGUUCUGCUGCUGCAAAAUCGCAACAGCCGGAGAAGAAAUCCGAUUGAGAGAAGAAAAAAAGUCACAUAUAUGUAUUUUCCCCUUUGUUCAGUUAAAUUUAGCUUUGAUUUCUUUAAUCGGUUGACAUAUAGCUAGAGAAAGAACGUUUCUUGUUUUGCUCUUUUGAGACAUAUGAAUAUGUGAAACACCCUCGUUUCAGUUUCUUAUGCAAAUUUUGUCUCCUUUGCAUGUUUUAUUUUUCCUGCAUUUGCAUAAUAUGUUUGAUUCUUCAUAUGAACAACAUUCCUAAAACGAUGACAUUUAGUGACAAAAAUUUGCGACAUAAAAUAAUUGCCUCCUAAAAUUGCCUCAUAAAAUUUGCGACUAAUAUAUUUUUUGUCUCUAA